GAACCAUGGGCGGUCCACUGAGGAUGGCUACUUUAGGAGUGGGCCCUGCCCCUGGCAACCACACAAGGCUGGACAACAGCAAGAAGAUCGGCUGCUAACAGAUGCUACAGAAACAAAGUGCCACAACAGAGAAGCUUCCAGUAAGAGGCCACACCAUCAGAGAUCGAGAAAAAGAAACGCCCGGCUACUGGAACACAUAAGAACGUCUGCUUUCUCCUCUUCCUGUUUAUAGUGAGAUCACCACCAAAAGAGGAAAGGUCAAGGACACUAGUCCCAAAAAAAAGAGCCACACCUCUUUAAAAACAUCCAACACAUCCGCAUCUUUCCUCCUGUCUCCUCGGCGGAAGCACCCUCUGCUUUUUGGUACUCCAGUCCUGCCCCGCUGACCAUCCCAUCUGAGAUACCAUCAUGGAGCGCUCGGCAAAGGAGCUGUUCCUCAACUUCAUGAUCGUCUUAGUCACUGUGCUGCUAAUGUGGCUGCUGGUGAAAACUUACCAGGACUGAAACGUGGAGCAACGAGACGGAAGAUGAGCGAGAGGCGAAGGAGAUGGAGAGAAUAUGUGUGGAGGGAAGCCAGCAUGGUUACUGUAUGACUUUGCUGCUGAUUGAUUCUUGUUCAGACACAGUUUUUACAUCUUUUAAUUCUUUUAGUCUGUGGUCACUGGUCUGGUCCAGAGCUCUAGUAUUCCAGUGAGCUCAAAAACCGUGUGAUUGCCACAGUCAGAUGAGCAGAUUGUCGAUGACAAAUGAGUCUGGCAUCUGUAUUUGUAUUCUGAGAUGUUUUUUGAAUGUGGCCUUGAAUUUCUGGCAAGAGCCAAAGGGGAACUCACAGUAGCGAUGGGAGGGUGAAUAAAAAUAAAUGAACAGGGGUUUGAGGCUCUUCUCUCCCACCCUGGAAAAUAAUACGGGGCUAGUAAACACUGCAAUCAGUAGAGUACGCUGUAGCCCAUGUCACUGUGUCACUCGUGUGAUCUUUGAUGCAUGUGAAACCAUGUUGUGUCUAUUGUUCUGUUGUGAUGAAUGUGCCAAAUGCAGAUGCUAAAAAGAGACAUCAGCACAGAUAAUGAAGCAUUAUGUUUAUGUUCACUUCUUGCCAUUAAACAGUCUUUGAUUCUA